AUGAGAGAAGAUGAUGGAGGAGAAUAUUUCUGUGGAGAAGUUGAUGAAAAUUCACUGAAAUUCACAUCUGGAACUCGUCUGCAGUUUGAAGGAAAAACUUCUGAUAUGAAGAAUCUUCAUGUGAAAACAGUAAAACAUGGAGAAGAUGUAACUAUGGAGUGUAACAUUAAUGGGCUCAAAAACAAAAAUACUUUUGCUUGGUACAGACAGAGUUUUGGAAACGUGCCUCAGGUUUUUGUAAGACAGUUCGAGCAGAGUUACACAGUUGUUGAUGGAUUUAAUGAUAGUCGCUUCAGUUUUACUGUAAAGGACCAAAAGUUUGAUCUCAACAUUAAUGAAACAAGAGAAGAUGAUGGAGGAGAAUAUUUCUGUGGAUAUGUGGACGGAAGUACAGUAAAGUUCACAUCUGGAACACGUCUGCAGUUUGAAGGUGAAGAGAUGAAACCCUGUCCUACACCUGGAACACUUAACAAGAACACACACUCUGUUACACACCAGGGUUCAAACAGCAGUGCUGGAGAAGGUUACAGCUGUACUGAUCAGAUGCGUGUGCUGUUCUGGCUCUCUGUUUCUAGAGUUGGAGUUCUUGUCUUCAUUAUUUUUCCAACAACGCUGAUUGUUUACAAAUUAAAAUAAAAAUGUUUAUAAAAUGGAAGAAAUACUGAUAGUCUGUUAGAUUUAACUAAAUCAUAUCACUAUAAAUAGGUGGAUGUGUGUUCUCUAUAUAUGAUUUAAUAUAUAAUCUGGUGUUUACAAUAGACUUAAAAAUACAAGA